AUGGGUGAUUGGAUGAAGUUGGUGUUGGGAUAUACCAUUAACCAUAAAUGUCCAAUCAAACCAGCAGAUCCUACUGAGGAGGAGAUCCAACCCUAUAACAAAUGGGUCAAGGCUGAUGAGAUGGCAAGAUACUAUAUUUUUUCCUCAAUGGCAAAUUUCUUGCAGCAUCAACAUCAGUCAAUGACAUCUGCUUAUGAUAUGCUCGCAUCUCUCAAGGAGAUGUUUGAUGAGCAAAAUCAUGCUUCAAAUCAGACUGCCAUGAAAGUCCUUUUAACCACAAAAAUGGCUGAAGGAUCUUCUGUCAUAGAACAUAUGCUGAAGUUGAUGAAUUACUUGAAUGAGAUGGAGAUACUUGGUGCUGAGAUUUAUAAGGAAUCUCAAGCGGUAGAGACUAUAAUCAAGCACCAAACUCCUGCGGCAUUUUUGGUUGACAAGGCUGGACCCUUAUCUUCUAAGCCAACACAAUACCAGAAGAAGAAGAAAAAGGCACACAAGGCUGUGUCUCCCCAGAGAUGCUAA